CAGGCAUGUGGAUGAGUGGGGAACACAUCAAAACUAAUCAAUGAAAUGAAACCUUCUUUUUGAAAUAAUUGAGUCUGUGACAGCAACCUUUUUUAUUUGGAGUUUGUGACAGAAACUAAAGAGUGAAAGAAGAAAAGGGUAAAGCAGAAAAGCCUUUGAAGAAGUGAGGUACUCUCCCUUCCGCUCCAUCGCUUGCCCUCUUAGUUUGGGCACGAGCAAUAGGGAAGAACACAAGGCCGGAGCAAAAUUAGUUCUCUCUCUCUUUCAAGGGGGUUUUCAGUGAAGAUGCCUAGACCUGGGCCAAGACCCUAUGAAUGUGUUAGAAGAGCUUGGCACAGUGAUAGGCACAAAAUCAUCAGAGGUUCUCUUACUCAAGAAAUUUUCAGAGUGGUAAGUGAGACUCAUAGCGCUGCAACCAAGAAAAACAAGGAAUGGCAAGAGAAGCUUCCAAUCGUUGUGUUGAAGGUUGAAGAAAUUAUGUACUCAAAAGCCAAUUCCGAGGCUGAGUACAUGGACCUUAACACACUUUGGGACCGAGCAAAUGAUGCCAUAAAUACUAUAAUUCGGCUUGAUGAGAGCUCUGAAACUGGACAAUUUCUUCAACCUUGCAUUGAAGCUGCUCUAAGUUUGGGCUGCAUAGCGAGAAGAACCUCAAGGAGCCAGCGAAAUAACAAUUUGAGAUGUUACCUUGGUGUCAAUGCUCAAGAUCCACCAUGUUUUUCUCCCACUAUGCUAGCAAAGUCCACACAAGGAAAUCAUACAGCCAAUUCACAGUGCAUGCCUAACUCUACAUAUUUCCCAAAACAGAUGGUAUUUAAUUCAGUUAGUCCAGGCUCUAAUUCACAAAACCUUGUUGGCCAGAGAAAUACUUCUACUGUUAGCAAACUUCCUUUUGUAGCUAAUCUUGUUUCUCCGGCUAGCAAUAACCAAUGCCUACCAAUGGAAACUUAUCCUAGCUCCAACUUGUAUUCAGUUUACCCCUUGUAUUAUGGAAAUCAAUUUCAGUUGGAAGAAAGCCAGCCUGGUUCUGAAAUUCUUGCUAAACCAAUUUCUAGUUCUAUUGAGCCUACCAAGAACCAAUUUUCCUGCAAUGUGGAUUCUUCAAUCAACAUCACUCAAACAGACAUUAGGUGCAUUCCUGAAAAACCUCCCGAGAUCGGAUGUGAUUUGUCAUUGAGGUUGGGCCCCUUCUCAAUUCCCCCCUCUGGUGCUGCAAGCAAGCUGUCACAUGAGGUUGCGUAUGUUGGUCAUGUUUAUUCUCAAGAGAGGAGCGAUUACAAUGAUCCGACUCCUCAAAUGCGUAAGGGGUUUUCUUUCUGCACAGAAGGCAGUUCGGAUGUCCCAAAAGACUUAGUUUCUGCCAAUUGGAGUUUUGAGGGUGAAUUUGUAGAUCAAGAAGCGGCAAUAAGAAAGGGGAAGGCGGUUUUCCAUCAACCUGAGGAAGAUCAGCAAUUUUGUUGGCAACCAAAGCGUCCAUUUCCUCGUUCAAGUUAAAAAAAAAAUGUGGAAAUCAGGUUCGUAGAUUACUUUUUUGAAUCUAAUGUUGCGUUAAGUUAUCAACAUGAUCUUCUGAG